AUAUUGCUUAGUGACGUUGUUAUUGUCAUCGCUUUAUUCGAUGCGAGAAGCCGCAUCGCUGCGUCUGGAAGGUUGUUAAAUUCCACGAUAGAUACAUCGCGGAUGAAAACAACAAUUUAGAUUUUAAUGUAAGAAAAUGGAGGUUAUAGAGACAAUUGUGAUUCAAAGUACCGACGUAGAAGGAAAGGAAACGGUCGUGUCCAGUGUGGACACGGAUAAAACAAAAGCAGGUUAGUACACGCAGCCAGAAGUGGAACAGGUUUUAACCAGUCAUCGCAUGAAGCGAGGAGGGCCCGAUUUAUAUGGUCUGUGGGAGGGCCUUGAGUUUGCGUAGCCACUGCAGUGAUUGUGGUAUUAAAAUUCAUUUGUUGUCGAGUAAAUAACAUCCUGCUGAGUUUCAAUGAGAAAAGUGGGGUCUGAAAAAAUAUAAUGAAAAUGGGAUGGAGAUUUAGAAUUUAGAAAGUAAAAUUUAUCAAAGAAUUUUUACAAUAGUUACACCUGUUUUUCUUUUGUAGAAUUAAUAUGGACCCUGCAGGCAACAUGGCACCUUGUCAACACUAGACUUGAAAUGGACCAAGCUUUUGACCAGCCAGUAUGCAAGAAAAAGAAACUCUGGGAGAUGGUGGCAGAGAAAGUGAAUGCAAAACUAAGGGAGUCUGAUGUUACUGAUGUUUCUGUGAAAGCAUACGAGUGUGAUCUAAAGUGGAGGAAUAUACUAGCUACGUACAGGAGGAAUGCAGAGAGGGCCAAGAGACUAGGGCCAACCAGUGUCCACUGGGAGUUCUUCAAAGCCAUGCACGAUGUCCUGGGCAAGAGCAGGGAUGAGAUGGAAGCUCAGCGAAGGGCCAAACUGAGCAGCACCAGAGUGGGCAAGGCCCUAGCAAGCAAAAGGUUCACCCCUAUUCUCCCUACACCUCCUGCCACAGCUGCCCCCUGCACUCCCCGGCCUCCUCAGGACGUCCUACAGUUGUAUAUGGAGCUGCAAGAGAGGAAGAUGAACAUGUGGGCCCAGCAGAAAGCCCUAGAGGAGAGGAAGAUAGAGGCCAUCAACAACUUGGCCCAGGCCAUCUCCAGUCUGGCUCAGAAGAACAGCAGCACACAGACAUCAAAAGAUGGACACUAAAAAACAACAAGAGACAUGAAGUAACUCUGAACUUCAGUGUUUGACAGUUGUUCUUACCAAAGACUUUUCUUACAGUGUUGUAUAAGUGAAAGGACUUGAGCAUAUUUGUUAUACACUUGUAGAUUAGUUACAUUGUGACACAUUUGCAGUUAUACCUCCAAGAGUUAUUUGGCUUGUCUUAGUUCUUUGAAGCUAUAUAAUUGGGACAUCAUUUAAAACCACUGGAACAGGAAAUAUGAAAACUGGGGUACAAAUUGGCAAAUUAUCAUGCAUGGCCAUUGUGACUCUUGUUUAUACUCAUAGCAAGUUAAAUAGUUCUUGUGCUUUUCUGUUGACGCCCCAGUGGAUGUAUUCAUCUUUAAUUUCUGCUGAUUAUAACAAACACCUUUUUUUCACUGUACUGAUAUGUCCAUAACCUUUUCCAUUGUAGAUUUAUUUUAUAUGUAGGCAGCAUAAUGACAAGACAGAAACAAUUAAAAUGGCUAAGACAAAGGCUAACGGCAUCACUGUGAUCAUUAGAAAAGAGGUCAUAAUAAAACCUAACACCUUACAGUUAAAACAAUACACUCACAAAAAUUAUACUUACUUUUUAAGGAUAUCAUCUAAUUUUUUUGGUCUGUAUUUGACCAGGUGAGAUAAAAGAGAGAAUAGUAGAUAAAGCCAGGGGUGGAGGCUGGAAAUCCAACUCUCACUUCUGGGACUAAACCUAGAUUUGAAGUUUUACAGUUGAAAUUGCCACAUGAUAUAAGAGAUUUAACCAUGUCAACAGUUCUGCAUAAUGAUUACAUUUAGGAAUAUUGUAACCCCUGAGUAAAUAUAUACAUCUUAGAUGUUUUUGUUUUAAGAUAAAAAAAAUAUCAAAUUUUAUUUAUAUAGAAUUUUUCAUUGCUCUCAAAGACACCAUAAAAGGCAGUAAAAAGGAUAAAAACACAUUAGAUAGAGAGUAAAAACAGAUCAAAAGACAGGCUAAACAGCUGCAUCAACAAUUCAAAGCAGAUUUGAACAGGUGGGCUUUGAUGAGGGAUUUGAACUUGAAUAUCAGUUGAGUCUUGGAUGUGUUUUAGGAGAGGGUUCCAAAGGGAGGGGGCAGCUAUGGAGAAAGCCUGGUCCCCCCAGGGUCAGUGUUUGGUCCUCAGAGCAGGGGUGUGAAGGCCUAGAGUCUGAGAUUUGGAGGAUGUGAGAAGGGAUGUUGGGGAUGGAACAGGUCCAUAAGGUAGGAGGGGGGCCUGAGUAUGCAGGACUGUAGAGGUGAGGAGAAGGACUUUAAACUGAAUGUGUUAGGGAACAGGGAGACAAUGGAGGUGUUGAGGUUAUACUUUAGGGAAUUUUGCCUUUAUUUAAUAUACCAGGGGCAAAGAGGCUGGAAAUGUGGGGAGUAUAGAUUGGGGGAAGACCUGCAGCAAAGGGUCACGUCUAGAAUUGUGCUUGUGGCCACUGUGAUGAGCGUUAUGUAUAUAACAUCAGUGGUGAUUUGUAAAUGUAUUGAGGUACAACUAUUUUCAAGUUUACUCUGGCUUCAUGUAGAGUUCUGGACAUGUCUUCAAAACAAAAGUAGUUAUCUAACUAAAAUCAGAAAGAUCACAUUUCUUCCUCUCUUGAUUUUCUUUUUCCCCCUUCCUGGCAAAUCAUUCCCAUUACCCUGAUUAUACACCGUGAAUGUUUUUUGUAUUUUUUUUACUUGUAUGCUGUUAAUACAGACAGUGUGACAGGAACUUUUGUUUGAUGAAAAGUUACCCUGAACAUUGAUUCAGUGGUUUCUGAUCAACUAUUGUGUGAGUGUGUAUCAAGUCUAAAUCAGUAUUUGCUGUACACCUGAUAAAAAAAAAAAAAAAGUUUUAAAUCCAAUUGUACUGUUACUGUAUGUAUAAAGGUAGACAUGGAGGUAGAAAAUACAGGAUUUAUUUGAAAA